UUUAUAUAUAUGAGUUUCCUUUGUUUCUUUUAAACCUUAGUGAGUGAGUGAAUAGUAAAAGCAUUCGGCUUUUGUAUUAUGUCUGCCUAAUUUCUUGAGGGUGUACUUUUUCUUAUUCUUUGCCUAUCUUAGAUAAAUCUAGAUUUUGCAUAAGGUGGUUUUAAUCUUCAACUAGAUCAUGAGUCAUUACUUGAUGGGCUAAAGAUUUUUUCUUACUCUUUCUUCUCUGACCAAAACUCAAUCAUAGCAAGUGACAAUGAACACCAUUUUUGGGAAAUUAUGGGACAACAGAAGAAAUAAGACAAUCUCUACUAUACACAACACUAGAGCUGGACCAAACAAAGAUGUUUGCGUAUGAUGAAAUAAGAAAGAGAGAUGAGCAAUUGAUCCAUCUCAAAGACAUCUUAACCAAAACCAUCAAAGAAAGAGACGAAGCUCUAGAGAAAUGUCAGCGUCUCAUGUUCGACAGCCACUCACUUCAGCAACAAAAACACAUAACUCCUCCUUCAUCUGGAGCUUCAAGCAUUGAAGACGAACAAGUUCAGCUUCAACAACUAGGAUCCAACAAGAGCUUCUCAUCCUCGGAUUGUGAGGAGAGCAUUAUGUCACCCACUGAUCAUAUCAUGAACCCACCACCAUCUCAGCUUGAAGAAGUUUCAGGAACUGAGAUUAUUAUGGAUCCAUUGUUUCCAGACAAGCCAUUGCCUGAAAAGGGUAAGCUCUUACAAGCUGUUAUAAAGGCAGGGCCAUUACUUCAGACACUCCUCUUAGCCGGUCCAUUACCUCAAUGGCGCCACCCACCACCGCCUCUUAAGACCUUCGAGAUCCCUCCAGUUACAGUCCAAUGCCCAAUUGUCAACAAUGGUUGUGGCAAGUUCAACAGGAAAAGAGUUUUCUCAGAUGGAUCCUAUUCAGAAGCUAAGUAUCAGAAAGUUCUUCUCCACUGACCGGGAGCUCAAAACAAAUUCUGGAUACUGAUCUUUAUUCUUGCUCAAGUAGUACUAAUAGUCAUCUAAUAUACCAUUACAUAGGUCAAUUCCAGGAUUAAUCUCACUUCUAGGGUUCAAGUGAAAGUGAUCUUUUGUACAUUAGGGCUUUUUGUUAUGCUCCAUUGUGGGAGACAGAGUCUGAUCCAUUUAGGGUUUAGAUUUAGAGUGCUGAGAAAGUAAGAAAAAAAAACUCCCCUGGUUUAACUCUAACUAAAUGAGAGUGAAUACUAUGUGAGAGAGUUUGCUAUUUUACUUCUUUCUCCAGUUAUGCUUGUGGUUGUUUUUUCUUUCUUUUUGUUGGGGUCUCAAACCCAAAACCCCAAUUUCUCAUUCAUGUUUUGGCUCCAUGGUUGUGAAACUAGAAUAGGGGUUUCUUUUGUAUUCUAUGAUUUUUCCCUCUACAAUCAGUUGGGGAUGAUUUAUGUUAAAUCUAAAUGUAUUAUGUGAUUCUCUACUGUGAUGUUAUGUUCUUGUCUUCAUAAUGGAUUUUCUAUAGUAAUUAAAAUA